AUGGUUGCCCUCGCGGCAGCCGACCGCAUCGCGGCGCUUCUGCCGCAGCUCAAGGCUGGCGGCCAGCAGGAUGCUGUCAACGCCGCGCGCGCCCUGAUCGCAGAGGGCAACGUCAGCCUGCAGCACUUGCGCGAGCGCAAGGUCACCCCAAAGCUCGCCGCCCUCGUGUGCGACAAG